GCAGACAGAGAUGGAGGGGGGACCAAACCUCUCACUUGAUCUGUAUCAGUGCCCCUGGGUCGCGGCAUGAACACCAUUUGGGAAUGUAGUUAUCAUUUGAAUUGUUUUGUUGAAAUUCACGGCACAGGAGCUGAAGAGCGUGUUGUUACUCCAGCGAUGUGAAGAUUUAUGAGCCACCCUUUCUUGUUGCAGAGAGCCAGUCAGCGUGAUCCGCUCCUGCUAUGCUGAUACUACGAGCUAACACCAAGCUAGCACAUUUGAUUGUUUUGGGAGAUACAUUUUUUUUAAGAACUCCUACGUUGACACAUAAAUUAGACACUUUUGUUGGUUGUUGUUGUUAAUUGUCAUCAAGCUGGAACACAAAGGGGAAUGUCUAACCAAGGAGUUAGGAGGAAUGGCCCAGUGAAGCUGCGGUUGACAGUCCUGUGUGCGAAGAACCUGGCAAAGAAAGACUUCUUCCGGUUACCAGAUCCCUUUGCCAAAGUGGUGGUGGAUGGCUCAGGACAAUGCCACUCUACAGACACUGUGAGAAAUACGCUGGACCCAAAGUGGAAUCAACAUUAUGAUCUAUACAUUGGAAAGGCAGACUCCAUAACCAUCAGUGUGUGGAACCACAAGAAGAUCCACAAAAAGCAGGGAGCAGGUUUUCUGGGCUGUGUCCGCCUCCUGUCCAAUGCCAUCAACAGACUCAAAGACACAGGCUAUCAGAGACUGGACCUAAAUAAACUGGGCCCCAAUGACAAUGAUACUGUGAGAGGACAAAUAGUUGUAAGUCUUCAGUCCAGGGAUCGCAUCGGUACAGGAGGACCGGUGGUGGAUUGCAGUCGCCUGUUUGACAAUGACUUACCCGAUGGAUGGGAAGAGAGGAGGACAGCCUCAGGAAGGAUACAGUACCUGAACCACAUCACUCGUACCACACAAUGGGAGAGACCCACCAGGCCCGCUUCAGAGUACUCCAGCCCAUCAGGGCGUCCUUUGAGCUGUGUGGUGGACGAGAACACGCCAGUGAUGACGCCCGUUAACGGGGCAGAGGCCAGCGGCCCGCCAGGUGAACAGCGACUCCAGGAGAGAAGGGUUCGAUCGCAGCGGCACCGUAACUACAUGAGUCGAACACACCUGCAUACGCCACCUGACCUGCCUGAGGGUUAUGAGCAAAGAACAACUCAGCAGGGCCAGGUCUACUUCCUCCACACACAGACUGGAGUCAGCACCUGGCAUGACCCCCGGGUUCCCAGGGAUUUAAGCAAUGUGAACUGUGAGGAGCUCGGCCCUCUGCCACCAGGUUGGGAAAUCAGAAACACUGCAACCGGCCGUGUCUACUUUGUCGACCACAACAAUCGAACAACACAGUUCACAGACCCGCGACUGUCUGCUAACCUGCAUCUAGUACUCAACAGCCCAAGUCCAAAUGGUUCCCGUGUGGCCAUGGACAGCCAAAACACUAACCUCAGUCAUCCGACUCAGUUGAAGGACCAGGUUGUUCCUGGUGUCCCUCAGCAAGCUAUGUCCCCAGCCCAGUUGCCUGAAGAGGCAGAGUGCCUGACGGUGCCCAAGUACAAGCGAGACCUGGUGCAGAAGCUGAAGAUCCUGCGGCAGGAACUAUCUCAGCAACAACCCCAGGCUGGCCACUGCCGCAUUGAGGUCUGCCGUGAGGAGAUAUUUGAGGAGUCAUACCGACAAGUGAUGAAGAUGCGUCCAAAAGAUCUCUGGAAAAGACUGAUGAUCAAAUUCAGAGGAGAAGAGGGGCUCGAUUACGGUGGGGUAGCAAGGGAGUGGUUGUACCUGCUGUCCCAUGAGAUGCUGAAUCCGUACUAUGGCCUGUUCCAGUACUCCAGAGAUGACAUCUACACUUUACAGAUUAACCCCGAUUCUGCUGUCAACCCUGAGCACCUGUCGUACUUCCACUUUGUGGGUCGUAUCAUGGGCAUGGCAGUGUUCCACGGCCACUACAUUGACGGAGGCUUCACCCUGCCCUUCUACAAACAGCUGCUGGGAAAACCGAUCACGCUGGACGACAUGGAGUCUGUCGACCCGGACCUCCACAACAGCCUUGUCUGGAUCCUGGACAAUGACAUCACUGGCGUCCUAGACCAUACCUUCUGUGUCGAGCACAAUGCCUACGGAGAAAUCAUCCAACACGAGCUGAAACCCAACGGCAAGAGUAUCCCCGUCUCUGAGGACACCAAGAAGGAGUAUGUCAGGUUGUAUGUGAACUGGCGUUUCCUGCAUGGCAUUGAGGCUCAGUUUCUGGCCCUACAGAAAGGCUUUAAUGAGGUUAUCCCUCAACACUUGCUCAAAGCCUUUGAUGAGAAGGAACUUGAGCUGAUCGUCUGCGGCCUGGGAAAGAUCGACAUCUCUGACUGGAAGUCCAACACUCGUCUGAAGCACUGCACCCCCGACAGCAACAUCGUAAAGUGGUUUUGGAAAGCAGUCGAGUCAUUUGAUGAGGAGAGGAGGGCCCGGCUGCUGCAGUUUGUUACCGGCUCAUCCAGAGUCCCUCUGCAGGGCUUCAAGGCUUUACAGGGUGCUGCAGGGCCCAGACUCUUCACCAUUCACCAGAUCGAUGCCAACACCAACAAUCUGCCCAAAGCCCAUACCUGCUUCAAUCGGAUUGACAUUCCACCCUACGAGAGCUACGACAAGCUAUACGACAAGCUGCUGACUGCGAUCGAGGAGACCUGCGGCUUCGCAGUGGAAUGAGAGACACAUUGGAGAGCGUGUUUGUGUGUGUUUGUACAUGUGUAACUGUGUGCAGGACUCUCAGACUAUUACUGUCACUGCGACGUGCCGACAUGCUCAGUCAGAGCCUUCGACCAGCCUGCAGUCUUCCUCUUUUCUCACCGCUGUCCACAUUCUUCCCUUAUCAAUAUCUGUUUGAACAGCUGCUAGAGAGACAUACUGUCUUCUUUUUUGUUUGUUUUUAAUCACUUUUUUGGUGUAGUUCAUGUGACUAAUGGUGAAAUAGAGAGAGCGAAUCAAGUUAAGAGCUGCAGAAUAACUGUUUUGUUUUGGAUUAUCAUUUUGAGUGGGAGUUUGUUUUUCUGUUUGUUAGUGUCGGCUGGUCUUUGCAGUCAGAAGAGGAAACGAUGAAAAUAUCUGCACUGCCUGGUCAUUUUGCUUUAGAUCAAAUCAGUUCAGGAAGCAGAUUAUCAACUUUACCGCUCAACAUCUUAUAACUUCCCAGUCAUUUGAGAACAUUGAGUCACUAUUUUGUUUAGCAAUUUGAACCCAGUGAAUUAGUCUUUGUCAUGCCACUGAAUUUUUGACACGCAUAUUCUGCAGGUAG